AUGUCCCGUCCAUCAGCGAGUCGACCAGUCCCGUCGGUGUUUGUCCCUGAAGGAUUUUUCCAAGCCUCCCUAUUUAUCUCCAAAAUGACUCAUCUUCAGCUGCGGCUCAGGGUUUUGGGCCUGUGUCUCCGCAAGAAACUGUUCCACGAGGACAUCAGAGGCGUCUUCGGAUUUCAGUCAAGCAGCUGGCCUGCCCACUACAAGAUCACCCAGAUCGCGCGAGAGGAGGUGUCAUCGGAAGUUCGCCUCAUGCAGGCUCUGCUCCCCACCACCAUGUCAAAGCACCUGGGGGUCGGCUUCGCUUCCCAGCCCCCUUACCGGUUCCUCAGGGAGUCGGCGGCUCACCUCCUGGAGAUGUCCUGGGUUCAGUUCCUCCGGGGCCUGAAGACCAGGAUGGCACAACACCCCAAGCUGCAGCUCGAACCACCCAUUAACAUCUCGAAAGUCAAGCUCUCGCAGGCCACCGAGGCCUUCCUGUCACAAGGACCGAAGUUCGCUCCGGAGCUUCCGGUUUCAAGGGUCGACAACCUGGCAGCGGUGCACGAGGUGGCCUCGAAGAUCCCGGAGGCCAACCGCCAGGAUUUUGUCAGCGCCGGCUCCAGGACCGUCCGCUUCCACGGAGGCGGAUCCACCACUGGGAACAUGGCCCGAACGGUCAUCGAGGAGUUCCGCCAGGCGGACCUUAGGCUCCUCGAGGCAGACAAGGAGGGAAUCUUCGUGGUCCUUGACAGGGACCAGCUGGACCAGAAGACGUCGGCCGCCCUAUGUAAGAAUUUCAGGCCCCUCAGGGCCCGGCCUUCUGGCGCACUUCGAUCCGAGGCCAAAGCCCUCUGCGACUCUCUGAACCUUCCCUCUCUUAAGAGCUUAAUCAGCCUGCCUUCUCAGCAAUACCUUUCUAUCUUUUUCUCGGCCAAAACCCAUAAACCAGACAUUCCACUCCGCAGCAUUAUCUCUGAAAAAGGCUGCUGGCAGAGACCCUUGGCCUUGUUUCUACAAAAGCAACUCUCAGUCCUUGAUCUCCCUCACCCCUUCCGCAUUGACAACUCCUCAGCCUUGAUAAAGCCCCUAGAGGAACUCCAUUCCGCCCAGAGCACCGUCGCCGUUUUCUCACUUGAUAUAGUCGACAUGUAUUAUAGCCUAGAUAUCCCCACCAUGCUCUGUUUCAUCAGCGAGGCCAUACACCUCCACGGCGCGGUCAGGUUCCAGAACUCAGCGGGGAUCUCCGUGUCGGGGUUUCUGGACCUCAUCGACCUCUACCUACGCUCAACCCUAGUGGAGCACGAGGGAAGAAUCUACGCCCAGAAGACAGGGGUUUGCAUCGGCUCGUGCCUCGCCCCCAUCUUGAGUGAGAUCUACUUGUUCUUCGUCGAUAGGCGGGUUUCCGAGGCCCUCACAACUCUCGCCCAGGGCACUUCCGUCUUCCGAUAUGUGGAUGACUACCUCAUCGUUCACCAAGCCACCUCAGAUCCUAAAAAUAUUGAGCAGAUAUUCUCAGAUAAUUCGUUCGGUCUAAAAUUUACCAGCGAGGCCCCCACACAGAACGGACUACAGUUCUUGGAUCUUCGCCUUCACCCCAAGGAUUCCGGCAUUUGCUGGUCCUUCCAGCAAAGAUCUUGCAAACCAGUGCUUCCCUUCCACAGCAACCAUUCAAAAAACGUCAAAAGCGGAAUCGUUCAUAACCUCCUAACCUCAUCCCGAUCCAAGUCAUGCUCUCACUUAAUCUCGACGAGCUGCUCCCUACAGCUCACCCGCCUCGUCAAAGCGGGCUACCCAAAAGACUUACUUGAGACCCGAUUAAAACGCAUUAUGAUAGCCCAGGCCUCCGGCACACAACCUAAGAGCAGGCCACGCGCAUCCCGCUUCGCGUGCAUUCCAUACGUGCACAACGUCUCCCACAGAAUCAAAUCGUUAGCACUCCGACAUGACACGCAGGUGUUCUUUUCAUGUCGCCUCAGGCUCUCCUCGCUCUGCAGGAAGGUCAACAACCCAACCGCCCCAAAGCCGUGCUCCAAAAAACACGCCACCAAGUUCGUUCCUUGCAGACAGGCCAGCGUCUACUCGAUCCCGCUCGGGUGCGGCGCGCAAUACAUCGGCCAGACAGGCCGAUGUCUAAACGACCGCCUAAGGGAGCACGCCAACGAGGUACAGCAGGCGGCUUCCAACCCAUCCCUCCAUUCCCUGCACCCAAUUGCCCAGCACGUCGGUUCGUGCCCCUCCUGCGAACCAGAGUUUCCGGCCACCACGACAGUGGGCACACACAGGUCAAGAUACGGCCGCGAGAUUAUCGAAGCCUUCGCUAUGCGCCAUUCACCGCAAAACAUCGGGUCCCCAUCGCUUUGUCUCUCCGACGCCGACGUUUCCUUUCUGCGUCCGGAGUUGCGACAAACGUAGGCGCCUUUGAAGUAGGGUCGCCCUUCCCUCCUCAAGGUCACUUCCCUUAUUACCCCCCCCC